CUCAAAAUCAUGUUGAUAUUUAAUUGACUUAUAUUAUAUCAUUCAUUGAGAUUAAAAUUUUCCUAUAUAUAAAACAACUGGAGAAUUUAAUAAUCAUAAUAGUUUAUUCUUGACGUUAACGCAUAGAAGUUGAAUGAACGUGAAUUAUUAUAAAGGAUUGCAAUGGUUUAUUGGACUUCAGUAACCCUAUUCAUAGGGCUCGCCUUUACUUUACUUUUUAUGUUGUUAAACUAUAUCCACCAGUACUGGAAAAGAAAGGGUAUACCUCAACUAGAACCAAUACAUUUAAUAUUUGGGAAUUAUAAACCAAUGGUUACUGGCGAAACAUCUCUUCAGAAUUUCUUUUUGGAUUUAUACAGAAAAGUAAAAGUAUUAGGCUACCCGUACAUGGGCUUAUAUAACAUGUGUUAUCCCACAUUAAUGCCUGUAAAUCUUGAGCUUAUUAAAAGAAUUUUGAGUAAAGAUUAUAAUUACUUUGACAGUCACGGCUUUUACAGCCAUAAGUCCGAUGUAUUUUCUAUGAAUCUUUUUAAUAUUGAAGGAAAUGUAUGGAAGAAUAGGAGAACUAAGAUGACACCAGCUUUUAGUUCAGGGAAAAUAAAACUAAUGCUUGAAACCCUGCUUGAAAAAGCCAGUCAGUUAACGAAUGUUUUGAAAAACGUUGCUGAUUCGAAAAAACCGAUUGAUCUCAAGGAUAUUUUAUUAAGAUAUAGCACUGAUGUUAUAGGCAAUGUUGCAUUUGGACUUAAUGUUGACACCUUAACGGAUCCAUCCGAUAAAUUUAGUGAACUAGGAAAAAAAGCUUUAAAGCCAAGCCUAAUAAAAAUGGCCAUUGAAACAAUAUUACCACAUAACCUAUUGCGUUUACUUAGAUAUCAAACAACGCCGAAAGAUGUUCGAGAAUAUUUUAUUAAGGUGGUUUUGGAUACCAUGAACUUUAGAACAAAACAUAAUAUUGAGAGAAACGACUUUAUGCAAAUGAUGAUACAACUUAAUAAAACGGGAUCACUGAAUGCUGACCCAUCAAAAACAGACAGCAAAUUGUCUUUGACAAUAGACGAAGUUAUAUCAGAGUCUUUUCUAAUUUAUCUGGCUGGUCAUGAAACUUCUGCUAGUACAUCGACAUUUGCAUGCUUUGAGCUUGCGCAACCCCAGAAUCACUAUAUACAAGAGAAGCUACGUGAAGAAAUUUUGGAGAGUUUAAAAAAACAUAACGAAAAGCUAACUUAUGAGGGUAUCACUGAAAUGGAAUAUUUGGAUAAAGUAGUUCGAGAAACUUUAAGGAAAUAUCCGGUUGUUUCCAUUUUACCCAGAGUAUGCUCUAGAGAUUAUGUAAUUCCAAAUACCAAUAUUGUCAUUAAAAAAGGUACCAACAUACCUAUUCCAGUAAUAGGGAUACAUAUGGAUGAAGAAUACUAUCCUAGUCCUGAAGUUUUUAAUCCAGAGAACUUUAGUAAGGAAAAUGUAGCGUCUAGGCCAGAUUUCGCUUGGUUACCUUUUGGUGACGGACCAAGACAAUGUUUGGGAAUGAGAUUUGGCUACCUGCAAGUUAAAGUUGUCAUUGCAACCCUACUAAGCAAGUUUCGCUUUACUCUUGAUGAAUCCAUGAAACCUCCAUAUGAAGCAGAUCGAGGCUCAUUAGUUUAUAUGUUUAAGAACCCUGUAAUGUUAAAAGUAACGAAUGUUUAAUUUUUAAUAAAUUUAGUAAUAAUUAUUAUA